AGAGAGAGAGGUUCAAGUCAUAUGACGGGGAGGGGUGUGCUCACUAUCAAAACGCUUUCUCCUACGUGUGAAAUGAGCUUUCGAAAACACCGCCGAAGACUUUUUACCUGAGGAUUUUAUCGCAUCGUGACCUCACGACAACUCCAAUGCCUUAGAGACAGAGUUUUCAAAGGAUUUAACAAAAUGAUUGCAUCUUGUGAUGAAUCACAUGUAGAAGGGAAAGGUAAAACCGAUAUGGACAGUAAUGAUCCCAUUGGGAAGUUUAAGGGAAUGAAGUGCAGCGUUUCUGCGGGGAAUAACGGCGUCUGUCUGUCCGUCGCACCUGUAACCUCACCUGAGUCUGCUUGCGCGCGCAUCUCGCUGCCAGGAGUGAUGGACGCGAAGGGGCGCGUGGACGAAUCCAGGCUCAGGACGCAUAUAUUUAAAAACGGUGGCGUGUCUCCUGACGAACGUGGUCUGGUAUGGCGUUUUCUGUUUGGCAUGUACCCCUGCAGCUCUACGGCUCUGGAGCGCCCCCUACUGCUGGAGCAGAUGGCGGUGCGCUAUCAGGUUAUGAAGAGGAAGUGGCAACAGCUGCUUCCUGGAGCCGUUCGUCUGCGUCUUAAUGGCACUGAUGCUGAACUGUUGACAGCAGUGAAGUUUUUCGACCAAAGGCAGGACAGAGAGCAGAAAAAACAACAGUGUGAGUCAGAAGAGGCCAGAGAGAAGAUGUCCUUUCUGCAACUGCAGGCUCAGGUGCUAUUUGAACGGAUAACCUUUGACCUGGAAGAGCUUCAGGAGGCCAUACGCAUCAUUGACAAAGAUGUUCCCCGAACCGAUCGAGAUCUUCCAUACUACCGGAAUGAAGGUUUGGGUAACCUGCUUGUUUUGAGAGAUAUCCUAAUCACAUAUGCUGCUUUUCACCCAGAAGUAAGUUACGCUCAGGGCAUGAAUGAUCUGUGCAGUCGAUUUCUGGAGGUGCUGCACUCAGAAGUGGACACCUACUGGAGCUUCUCCUGCUACAUGGAGAAGUUUUCCAAAGACUUCUGUGCUGAUGGACUGUAUCGCAAAAUGGAGUUGGAAGCUGCUUUACUGAAAGAGCUGGAUCCUCAGCUACACUCUCAUCUGGUCACAGACAACAUGGAAAAAAUCACAUUUUGUCACAGGUGGCUUCUGUUGGCUUUCCAGCGGGAGUUUGAGCACAGCGAUGCUCUGCGUCUGUUUGAGAUUCUCAGCUGUGAUCACCUGGAGCUCAUCUCACAGCAGGUGGAUCGGGCUCGAUAUCAGGAGAGACUGGCACGCAAAUACAGCCUGGAGGAUGAAUCUGUGAUGGAGCCCCAGGCCGUAAACACAGACUUCACUUUUGAACUCUUCAUGUGUGCCACCAUCUUACUGGAGAACAGAGAAGCUUUACUCGACUGCAGGAACGAGGUUCAGCUCAUACAGUUUACCAGCAGUCUGCAGGGUAAGAUGGACCUGAACAGCACCCUGAAAAAAACCGAGGAACAUUUUUACAACUACUGCAAACGCUCAGCCUGGGACUAUUUGAGCGGUCGCUGUCGCAUGCGCAAGAGCAAAGAGGACCACUUUUUAUAUCAUCUCCGUAACCUUUUCUCCUGAGACCAAAAGGCCUGCAUUGAAUUUUCCAGAAAAUAGUUUUGUUGACAAAAACGUGGAAAACUCUGACAUUAUGUUCCAGUGGGACUUUCUUUUUUUUUUUUUUUUUUUUAAGAAUAAUGCUGCUUUUAACCGGGAUUUUGUACAGGAACCAGAUGGACUCCUUCCAGACAGUUCCUUUAGUAUUUGAUCUUAAUUUAUAAGGCUUCUAUUAUGGUGCCAGAAGCUCAAAACACUAUUUUAAUCACUCUUAAGAUAAUCAAAUAAGAAUUUUAUGUAUUUUACCCUGGCUGUGCUUGAAAACAUAAGUAGCAUUUGGGAAUUUACAGAUAUUUGAUAGUACUGAAGACUUGAUUAAAGGAAUAGUUUGCCCAAAAAUGGAAAUUUAAAAUGCACUCGCCCUCAGGCCAUUCAGGAUGUAGAUAAGAUUAUUUCUUCAUAACAACAGAUUUGGGGAAUUUUAACAUUACACUUGCUCACCAAUGGAUCCUCUGUAGUGAAUGGGUGCCGUCAGAAUGAGAGACCAAACAGCUGAUAAAAACAUCACAAUAAUCCACACCACUCCACUCCAUCAAUUAACAUCCUGUGAAGUGAAAGUGUAAGAAACAAACCUAUAAUUAAGGCAUUUUAACUUUUAACCAUUGGUGAGCAAGUGAUACUCAAUUUCUCCAAAUCUGUUCCCACAAAGAAACAAACAUCUUGGAUUUCCUGAGGAUGAGUACAUUUUCAGCAAAUUUCCAUUUUUGAGUGAACUAUUCCUUUAAGUCUACUGACUACAGAGAUGCUCUGUAUGUUAAGGUGAAGGAUGCAAUGUCAAAAUUUGCUUCAUUUUGAACAGGAUUUUGUAGUGUGCUACAGCUGUGAAAACAGAAAACAGAAAGCAGAAAUCCUUAUUGCUGAGAUAUGACUUGUGAGUGUUAUCCAGUCUCAGAAACAUCUGGUGCCUGCGUAUGGGUUACAUUAGAUCACAAUAUAAUAAUAGAAACACAGUCUCAGUUCUGAGAAGCUCUAGAAGACUCUCUGUGGUGUUGUCUUACCAAUCGUAGAGUGCUCAAGUAUGUACUGAUCAUAAAUAGCACGUUGAACCAGGACACCUUUCACUUUGAGAGCACACUGCAUUUGGUUUUAUUUUAUAAGAGGCACAAUAUAUAAGAGUAUAGAAUAUUGCACAUUUGGUUAUUAUUUAUUAAAGACUGACACACUAUGACACAAUUAGUGAGGGAGUGCUGUUCAAGUUGUUUUUUUUAAGAAUAUGAAAUGACUCACCAACACUUUUUGGGGAAUGGGUACUGUAUUUUUGAUGCUGUCCACUGAUGUUUGGAUUAUAUGUUGAAUUUUGCACAGCAUGUUUAUUAUGUUUUAAUUAACGUAGCAAUAAUGAAUAGACACUGCAAUGUUAAACAGAAUGAAUGAAUCUAUCUGCACCUUUGAAUGAGGUUUGUGUUCAUGUCAUUCAUGAGCUCUUGUGUGAGUGUGAGAGAGAGCAUGAGUGAGAGAGUUUUAUUUUAAGAUUACGGUGUGACAUUUAAGCUGUCAGUUUCUAGUGAGUCACUUCAUAAAGAAUAGACUCAUGCAUGCUAGCCUAGUCUGCUCUACUAAAUGUUCUUAUGAAAUAAAGUGUGGCGAUUUGAA